GCUAGCGUGUAGCCAUCUUUUAUUUACAUAAAAAUAUUUAGAUUUUAAAUUGAAUAUUUACUUAAUAAAAGUUGUCGCAGCUUGGGUUUUUGUGUUUUCAUAUAAAAUUAAAUAUUACUUACCAUAUUUUCUAUUUCAAGCGAUUAAAUAGACAUUGGACGCUAUCGUUCAAAAUCCACCACCAAUUUUUCGUUACGUACGCUGCGUGCAAACAAUACGAUUGAAUUUAAAAUAUCUUCUAUACCUCAUACGCAUUAAUAAUGUCUAACGUGGGCUAUGACUUGGAUACAUCUGGUGGGCUUAUGCCGUUGAUUCGAGCGCUAAUAAAGCCGCCUGACGAAGAGGUAACCACUCAGAAGACUAAGAAACCUCAACAUCCGUAUUAUAAGCGUCCUGGAAAGGGCCAUAAUCAUGAUUCCUGCGAUGCGUGUGGGGAAGGAGGUGAUCUUAUAUGCUGCGAUCGUUGUCCAGCCAGUUUUCACCUCGGUUGCUAUGAUCCACCACUAGACGAAAAUGAUAUACCCUCCGGGCUCUGGCUGUGCAAGCAGUGUACUGCUAGCGAUGACAAGCCAGCCAGCACUAGAUCCAGCAGGGCGCAGUCCCCUGUGGAUGCUAAGAAUGAUAGCGAGAAGAAAUCUAGACCCCUCCGCAGCAACCGCAACUCCAAGAAGAGUAAAGAUGAGAAAGAAGAAAUGGAAGAAGAGAAAAAGGAACAAGAAGAGAAGGAGCUGUCUCCAAUGGAAAUCCUGGUUAAAGCGGCUAAGAUCAUGAAUCCCAAGCAGUUUGAUCUGCCAAGAGAAAUGAAAGUGCCGUUUCUGUUUCCUGGUACUGAUAAAGAGGGCAGUAAGAAUGGCAACGCAUCCCUCGUGACUGUAGACUCAUGGGGCUGCGUCCCACUACCAGCGAAGACAUGCUACGUGUGCCAGUACACAUGCAAGCUGGCGCCACUGCUGCAGUGCGACUAUUGCCCCGCUCUGUUCCACCUGGAUUGUCUCGAUCCACCAUUGACAGCAUUGCCUACUGGACGUUGGAUGUGUCCCAAUCAUGUGGAAAACUUUAUUGACUGGAAGCUGGUGCGGUCGAUAUCGGCGGUGGAGCGCGGCGCGCUGUGGGACCGGUUCGGCGCGCCGCUCGACCAGCACGCCGUCAAGGUGGACUUCAUACGGCGCUCGCGCACGCACCGCCACCGUGUACCACGCGGUAUCCGCGGUCGAGUGGUAGUACCGCGCAUGGUGAGGAUGCACUACAGAAAACCACCACCAUUACUACCAGCAAGACGGGAACAUGUUAGGUGCAGGAAUGUGGCAAAAACGCGCAACCUUUCCGACUCAGACACGGACAACGAAGAAACACCAGAAAUAGAGCGCACACACAAAAUCUGCCUCAACACAGAGUGCCCCAAGUACACGGAUAGCGGAAACUGCCCCAUGGACAAGCCAAAGCUAAAGGGAGUCAGCGAACAGGAUGCGGAGGAUGAUCUAAAAGCUAUAGGAGAAGUUGAAGAUACGGAGAUAAAAUCCGACAAAUCCACAUCGGACUCGGACUCCGACAUCGACACUUACUCCCUGCGUGGCAAGCGUCGAGCCAGCACAGCCAGUCCCAGCGUGAAGGGCAAGCGGGAGGAGAAGCUGAGCCUGCGCGCGGGGCGGGCGGUGGACGAGCUGCUGGCGGUGGUCGAGCGGCAGCUGGACAAGCUCGACGAGCGGCUCGUGCGCGUGCUCGCCUGGCAGCGCCUGCAGGAGGUGGCGCUAGGCGAGCGCGUAUCCGGGCGCUGGCAACACUCGCACCCCGCCCUCAGCGCGGGCUUCGCCCUCGACACGGGCAAACAGCUCGCCCGCCUCGGGGUCCGCCUCGCCCCUCGCCCCUCCGACCUGCUCGCACGGGCCGAUAGAGAGCGUAUAGCGAGACUGGUGUGGGGACCCGCCCCUCCAGUGACACAAGCCCCGCCUGUGUCUAAAGAGAACGAGGUUCAGGCCCCUGCGUGUGCUGCCAUUACAAGACUGCGGAGUGUAGCCAGCAAAACCGGUGACGUCACGCUGGGUGAAACAAUUCCGAUGCGACUCUCGUCUCUGACAAUCGGCACGCACGGCGAGUGCGGGGUACAGCUCGACCCGACUUGCCGACACGCGUCUGGCCGACACGCUAUUAUAUUUAGAGAUGAGGUGACGAACCACUUCGAGCUGAUCAACUACUCAGAGUGGGGUAGCUGCGUGAACGGGGUGAUGUAUGCCAGUGACCUAUCACACUAUGGUGAUGAGCCGGAAGAGAAGAAUGGUGAACUAGCCGGGCUCAUUAAGAAGACCAAGCCAGCGUUCAAAUUAAACGGCGCCCUAACCGCGCCCUCGGGCCCUGCGGACUGUGCGUGCGGGACCGGCGCUCCGCCCUCCGCAGCUUGGGAGGGCUCGGCGCUAGUGCCCCACGGCGCCCUUCUGCAGUUUGGCUGUUUGCGAUACGUGUUUAGUAUAACUGACCCACGUCGCUAGUGUUUGGCGCCCUAGUCUCAGUAGAGAUUAAAUUGUUAUUUAAGAGUGGAAAUAAUUGCUUAUAUGCUUCGUUAGUGUGGUGGUAAUGAGUAAACAUAAUAAGUGUGAAGUGACAAUGGCGCCCUAACCGCGCCCUAGGAAUGAUAUCGAGCUAACUUGUGCACUGUAGACAAUUUACAAAUUAAUAACUAAUAAGCGUCGCUAAUGUGUGGCAAAAAUGGCGCUCUAAUUGCGUCCUAGGGCACAGACCCUAAUUGUGCAUGAGAUAGAAGCGCUGUUGUAUAUGUUGCGCGGUAAUUGGCGCCCUAAUAACGCCCUAGUGCCUCUGAGUAUCAAUGGAAUCCUAAUUAUGUGUGAAGAUGAUUUUUUGUUACUAUUCGAUAGACAUUGCAUGUAUGACAAAAACUGUCUAUUUUUAUUUUUGGAGAUACGUUAUAUAUGUUAUUUUAAAUAGUUUUCGAUAAAAUUUUGACUUGCACUUCAAGUUUAAAUUGAUAAAGAUUGAAAUUUAGAAAUGCAACAAUAAAAUGUAUAGAGAGAUAUAGAGUAAAUUUGCAAAAAAUACA